GCAUGGAAUUUAACUAGAGUACUACAUGGGUGUGGUGGUCCUUUAAAGCAUUAUAUAAGAAGACCAACUAUGUAGUCAUGUUUGGAAACUAAUUCAUAUAUGCUGUAAUGGAGGUGUUCAAGGAAUGUAUGCGCAACCAUGCGGCAAACCUCGGUACAUAUGCCGCAGACGGAUGUCUAGAGUACACCGCCGAUGAGUCUAGGCCUGGAGGUUACCGAUGCGCAGCGUGUGGCUGUCACCGCAACUUUCACCGGAAAAUCAUGAUGGAUAGCAUUAAUGAAGGGGCUGCCUAUAGUCUGCCAGCGGCCGAGGACCGAACAGAGGGACGGCGAAGGCCAAGGACCAAGUUUUCAUCUGAGCAGAAGGUUAGGAUGGCAAGGUUUGCAGAGAAGAUUGGAUGGAGGUUGCAAAAGAGGGAUAGUGAUGAAGGUGAUGAGAUCAUGAAGUUUUGCAAAGAGAUUGGAGUUAGUAGGCAAGUCUUUAAGGUUUGGAUGCAUAAUCAUAAGAAUAGUUCUGCUUCUUCAUCUACAAAUAACUCUAAUGUUGCUGCUUCUUCUUCAAAAAAUAUGGAUCAUUGUGAUGCCAUGGAGAGUCCCUCUAUCAGAGACUAAGUAGUUGGUAGCUAUAUUGAAUAUUCAUGCUUGUUGUCUUUAAUCAGAGAGAGUGAAGAAGUGAUGCAAACUUUUAUAGUCAUAUAUAUGAUCAAUAAUUAAUGUAUCUUUGUGUUUCUUUUAGCAUUGCAUGUAUUGCGCGCAUCUACCGUAGGAUGACACUAGUACUGUUGAUAUAUAUAUAUAUAUAUUUAUAUGUAUGUAUCAAUGGUGAUCUUGAUUUUUGUUUGCUAAGAAGGUGUGGUGUGAUAGUUGUGAGAAAAACAUA